UUCAGUAGUGGUGUUCUUUAUGUCUUCAUUCGCUUUCGAACAUCUAAUUUCGGUUCGGGGACCUUGAAUCUAUCUUUUGAACCAGCUGUCGGCAUCUGUUUUUCUGUGUGUAUUCUUUGCGAUUUUCUCUUUGAGUGUUUGUUCAACUAGCUUGAUUCUCUGUGCUUGAGGCUUGAAAAUGCUUGUGUUAUUUGAAACUCCGGCCGGCUUUGCGCUCUUUAAAUUGUUGGAUGAAGGGAAGUUAUCUAAAGUUGAGGACUUAUGGAAAGAGUUUAAUACAGCAGACUCAGCUAGACAGGUAGUGAAGCUGAAAGCUUUUUCUAAAUUUGAGAACACCUCAGAAGCUUUAUCUGCUGCAACCUUGCUGAUUGAUAGUAAACCUAGCAAAGGCCUGCGCAAAUUUUUGCGUGCUCAUUGUGAUGGUGAAAUGCUAGCGGUGGCUGAUUCUAAACUUGGAAAUGCAAUUAAAGAGAAACUGCAAAUUGAAUGUGUUCACAACAAUGCUGUCAUGGAGCUUAUGAGGGGGGUGAGAACUCAGUUAACUGAACUCAUUUCUGGUCUGGCUGUUCAAGAUUUGGCUCCAAUGAGCUUGGGCUUAUCCCACAGCCUGUCCAGAUACAAGUUAAAAUUUAGUCCUGAUAAGGUGGAUACAAUGAUCAUUCAGGCCAUUGGUUUGUUAGAUGAUCUUGAUAAAGAGCUGAACACUUAUGCAAUGAGGGUACGAGAAUGGUAUGGUUGGCAUUUUCCAGAACUCACAAAGAUUAUACAAGACAACAUCCUGUAUGCAAAGGCAGUGAAACUGAUGGGUGACAGAGUAAAUGCAGCAAAUCUUGAUUUCUCAGAGAUAUUGCCAGAAGAGGUUGAGACGGAAUUGAAAGAUGCAGCUGUGAUAUCCAUGGGAACUGAAAUCAGUGAGCUAGAUUUGAUGAAUAUUAAAGACCUUUGUAACCAAGUUUUGUCUCUUUCAGAGUACAGAGCCCAACUGUAUGAUUACUUGAAAAGCAGAAUGAACACAAUUGCCCCGAAUCUAACUGCUCUUGUUGGAGAGCUUGUGGGUGCUCGCCUUAUUGCCCAUGGGGGCAGUUUGUUAAAUCUUUCUAAGCAGCCUGGGAGCACAGUUCAGAUUCUUGGUGCUGAAAAGGCACUUUUCAGAGCUCUGAAGACAAAGCAUGCAACACCCAAAUAUGGGCUUAUCUACCAUGCAUCCUUAAUUGGUCAGGCUGCCCCGAAAUUCAAGGGAAAAAUUUCGCGUUCUCUUGCUGCUAAAGCUGCAUUGGCAAUUCGGUAUGAUGCUCUUGGGGAAAGUGUGGAUAACUCUAUGGGGUUGGAGAAUCGAGCCAAGCUGGAAGCACGGUUAAGGAAUCUUGAAGGCAGAGAAUUGGGUCGUUUUGCUGGUUCAGCUAAAGGCAAACCCAAGAUUGAAGUCUAUGACAAGGACCGAAAGAAGGGGCCAGGGGCAAUGAUAACUCCAGCCAAGACAUACAAUCCUGCAGCAGAUGCAGUUCUUAUGCAAUCUGCUGGAACUGCUACUGAGAAAGAGGAAGAAAUGGUCGUGGUACAGAUGCAGGAUGAAGCCCAGCCUUCUCAGGCUGACAGACUAGAAAAGAAGAGAGACAAGAAAAAGAAGAAGAAAUCUGAUGUCCAAGAGACAGAUUUGCCAAACAGUGCAGAACCUGAAGUUGAAGAGGUGGUGAAAAAGGAAAAAAAGAAAAAGAAGAAACAUUCGACUGAGAAUGCCGAUCUACAGGAAGAUGGUGAGAAUGCUGAAGUUGGGGAGAAGAAGAAAAAGAAAAGAAAGCAUGCUGAGCCAGACGAAGCAGAAACUGAAACGCCGAAGAAGAAAGAGAAGAAGAAGAAGAGAAAGAGUGAAGAUUGAGAAGUUGGAGUUAAACUGUCAAAUUCAACAAUUUUGGAUUAUCUCAGGCACUGGCUGAACACUUAUUACCUGUAAAAUUUUACCCCGGAUGACAGUUUAAAAUUUGCCAGUGAGAUAUGAAGUUGUUUCUAGUGUAUUAUCUGAUCUCUUGCUGAGGACGGUUGCAAGAAGCUUGUUUGGAAGAGGUUACUCAUUAACGGAGUUAGGUUUUUUCUUUUUAAUGUUUUGGGGUUGAUCAAUUGGAUUUAUGUUUUUAAUUUAUUUUUUAAUCUUCAUUCCUGGCA